AUUACCUCUUCCUUUUCGUGCGGCCGUGUCACCGCGUGGUUCACCGCCGCGUUUCUUGAAAGAAACAAUCAAAAUGGCUAUCAGACCUGUAUACAGACCGACAAUCGUCAAGAAGAGGACGAAACGGUUUAUUAGACAUCAAUCCGAUCGCUAUGAUAAACUUAAACGCAACUGGCGUAAACCUAGAGGUAUUGACAACAGAGUGCGCAGGCGUUUCAAGGGUCAAUACUUGAUGCCAAGCAUCGGUUACGGAUCAAACAAGAAGACCCGUCACAUGCUCCCCAAUGGUUUCCGUAAGGUGCUGGUCCACAAUGUCCGUGAGCUUGAGAUCCUGAUGAUGCAGAACAGGAAAUUCUGCGCGGAGAUCGCUCACGGUGUAUCAUCUAAGAAGCGAAAGACAAUAGUAGAGCGCGCCCAACAGCUCAGCAUUAGAGUGACCAAUGCCGCCGCGCGUCUUCGCAGCCAGGAGAACGAAUAAACUUAAUAAAAUUAUAUAUAAAAAAAUA